UUGUAAAGUAGAUGGGUGGUUAGAUACUUGGCUCGUUUGAAAAUGUCGGGUUCGGCUCGUGAGAGACAGGAGACAAGAGCCGACUGAAUGCUCGAGAGGGAAGAAGAAGAAGAAGAAGAAGAAGAAGAAGAAGAAGAAGAAGAAGAAGAAGAAGAAGAAGUCGAGUUUCCUUCGAGAGUACGAACACCGACAUUAGUAUAUCUACACGUAGUUGGUGCAGACAGGUCAGCCGAGAAUCUGAUACGACACGGAAGAGGCAUCCAAAAGUAUCGUGAAAUAUUCAGUUAGCGCUCGUGGCAUUAUAAUGGGAGAGGACUUUAAGUUUUGAGGCGCUCUUAUAUCAGACGGCAUGCUGGCUCACCUCGAUUCUAACGUAAAAUGUGUAUGUGUACUCUUCUCUCUGUCUCUCUCUCUCUCUCUCUCACACACACACACACACACACACACAUAUCAAACACUUUUUCAUCGUGCCUUGCUUUACUCGGUGGCUCUUACGUCGAUAUUACGUAAAUUGAGCUUAAGCGACGUGCCACCGUUCGAGGAAACCUUGGCCAAAUGGGUCAGCGAUGAGGAGGAAAGAGGGACUAAGAGAGGAAAAGAGAGAGAGAGAGAGAGAGAGAGAGAUUGAGAGAAAGAGAGAGAGAGAAAGAGAGAAGUUUUCUCACGUAUAGGCGAGAUCUUGCUUGGAGGUGUCUUUCUCUCUCGCUCUUUCACUUAUAUACACGUACACUGUCUCACGUUCAAUUCACGAAGGCUUACCAUACAAACCAUCUCCACUUUCUCGACUUUUGCGGGUUUGUCGCGUCGCCCGAGGUGAGUUUAGUCGUUAUGUAGCUCGUUUGUUUAAACGUUCCAACAUCAAGCUCACCAUCUUGAAUUUUGAUACGUGCCUUCUCGUAUGUGUUCGAUCAGUGAUGGCUUUCAUUCGUCGGUUACCACAAGACCGACAUGGCUCGUUUAACCGCCCCCACUGAUGUAUUUCGAGAAACGAGAGACCGAGAGAGUUGAUAGGAAAGGGUGGAAAGAGAAGAGGAAGAGAGAGAUAGAGGAAGUGUCGUCGAGGGUCAAUGCGAUUGAAAGCGACGCGGUUUUAGGGCUUGCGGAACGAGGGCAGGCCGCAACUAACUGGACGAGUUGCCGAGUCUCCGAGGCCAACCGCGCUUGCCUGUAACGGACCUACUGUUUGCACAGAUAAGAAAGAACGGCGCAUGAAGCAAUGAUUAAAUCGAGUGUUUUUAUCGUUAAAAUAAAAAUAAAAAUAAAAAUAUUGCGAAUUAGAAGCAGUGUUUGUUCGUUCGUAUUUCGCGAUUAAAACCGGUGAACUUACAUUGACUGCGUGUAAUGCAAUCGUUAAAGACAAUGUUUAUUUGAAAAAUUUUUUGUUUUUUUGACAAUCUCACUGACCAUAUUUAUAGAAAACAAUAGAGUUUCGCGAAGUAAAUUCAUUGACCGUUCGUCAGUAAAUAAUUACCACGUAUUAGAGUCAGUGCAUCAUUGAAGAGGAUCUCAACCAACUUCGAUGUCGACCUACCUCAUCUACGAAUCAACCACCCUCAAUUUCGACCUAAAUCACAAACGAGUGGUUUGGAGUCAUUGGAGAACUUCUUAAGUAGUAUUGAGACAAGAAGCCGGAUCGUUUGGUGUGUCUCAUCGAAAGCAAGAUUACUCCGCGAUGACACGACGAAAAGGAAAACGAGUUGCAAGCAUUCCUUAAGAUAGCUAUAUCGGAGGUUGACAUCUCUUUGACCUGUGUGAGGCCUUCGACGACAAUGUGUCUUGACAACCCAAACGACGACAGCGUCCUUCUCGUCCAUUGAUUAAUGUCCACUUCUUGAGAAUAAAAAACAUUCUAAAGAAAAGCUUUGGAACUAUUGAAGCAAUCAAUGACGGACGUCGAAAUUUUACUGAAAAUUAUCAUUAUUAAUGGAUAAAGAAAUUCUCUUUAUUGUUGGGAAUAUAGGUAGAAAGUAAUUUCGCUAAAAAUAAAUAAUUAAUGAAAGAAAAAAAAAAUGCGAUGAAUGAAAAUAUAGUUUUACGGGUUAGAACAGACGUAUUGAAGGAUUAAUAUACCUCGUUAUUGUGCAGCUUCAUUUUGCAUCUUAAAGUAUUUUACCGAUCGUACCUAAUAAAUAUAACAGUGGAUUCGAAUUACUGCCAGCAAUACCAUGCGGCUUUGGGAACAUCGUUUAUCUUCGAUUUACGAGGAUACCUUCCUUAAGAAUAUCCUAUUCGAAACCAGAUACCUACAUACGUAUCUUUCCUACGUUAACACGAGGACUACGAAACGUUUAAAAUAAACGACCAUGUUGGUCUAACGUACUAACUUACAUUUACAAACAAUGAAAAGUAAUCGAGGGAGUCAUUCGAAGCAACAGCAUAGGAUUGCUCAAUACACAGGCAUCUCUCUAAAUUUGAAAGUAUACGAGCCUAGACCAGUGGGUACAAAUGUCACAUCUAUUUCACAUUUCACUCCCCUCCUCUCCUUCCCUCGACGCCAAUCAAGCUGUCGCUGUCCUGUGGAUGCGAGGAAAUAAUAAAAGAGGAUAACCGGAGGGGUUCAUGGAGGACGAAAGAGGAGGAGUGAAAGCAUGCGGGGACGCACGAAGAUAGCGAUGUGGGUCACGGUCCAGGAUAAACCGAUGACGGAAACGUCAAAGCCGCGGUACGCGAACCGCAGUAGCGGGGAGAGAUAAGGAAGGUGAACGGCAUCACGCCGAGCAGUCAUGUGCAGUGUCAUGUGGCUCCUUCGGCUGCUGACAACUUGCUGCCUCGCACUUCUAUCAGCGUCUGAUUUACGCACAGAUCUACCUUUGUCAACGGAUCAAGUCUCAACGAGAGCGACAACGGCGGCAAAGCGAUCUGUAGCAACAGACGCACCGAUGCUGAAUUACAUAUUCGAUGCACAUAGUACUCUAAACAAACAUCAACAUCACCACGAUCAUCGUUGGGGUCCACAUUUUGAGAGUGAUAGUUCAGCGAAAAACAUCACUAUUCAAGCUGGUGCCAGCGUCGUUUUAGACUGCAAGAUAUCAUUGUUGCAAGACAAAACGGUAUCCUGGGUAAGGAGACAGGAAAACAGUGAAAAAAUGAAUUUGUUGACCGUUGGCCAUCUCACGUACACCGGUGACCCAAGGUACACCAUCGUGUUUCAAUAUCCGGACAAUUGGCGUCUAGAAAUCAAACGCGUCAAUAGCAGCGAUGAGGGUCAGUACGAAUGUCAGAUCAGCACUCAUCCGCCCAAAUUUAUUCGCAUAAAUUUACACAUCAAUGCGCCAUCCGUCCAAAUAGUGGACGGCGCGGGUCAACCGCUAAGGGACAAAUACUACGAGGCAGAUAGCACCAUCGAACUGCUAUGCGUCGUGCGUCACAUAGCGAUGCAGGUCCAGUACAGUGUCGUCCAAUGGCUCCAUGGUAAUCGAACUCUGAACUAUGACACAACGAGAGGUGGUAUCAGCGUGAAAACGGACCUAAUGGAGGAAGGGGCCAACUCUACUCUCAGCAUAGCGAGAGUCGGACCAGCGGACAGUGGUAACUACACGUGCAUGCUCACCACCAUGCCUGAUCAGCCUGCAACGGUUCAUGUACAUGUCCUGAAUGGAGAAAGCCUAGCCGAGUUGCAUCAUGGUGGUUCACGCGACAUUCAAGCGGACGUCUGGAGUUCUCUACUACUCUUCCUCUUCGCCAUUCUAGGAUGGCUUCAGGUGCUGAGAUGAAGACUCGACAAUGCUCGCUGCGACCCUCAUAAAGGCAUUCUCAGUACUCGCUGCUGAGAUAUGAGAGUGCGAUGACCGAUGACUGAAACGAACAUGACGAAAAACGUUAUCGUCUUAUACGUGGCACGAACCUUUUUAUUGUUUCGAAAGGUAUAAGAAUGAGUGAGAAAUAAUAAAAGAUAGAGAGAAUGCUGAAAUUGAAAAGAAAAGUAUGAUCAACGGCGUUGCUUUUUUUUUGUUCUUUUUUUUUUUUGUUUUCUUAACAACCGUUCAAGUAUGGAAAUUAAAUAGAAACAAAGAGAGAAAAGUAAAAAAAGUUUUUUCUACAAAAAUUGUCUUAUACAAGGACCUAAUUAUUAUUGGCAAUCAUUUCAUUUGAUUUACGUAAUCGCACUUUGAAAAAUUAUCGUUAUUUUUUAUAGAACCAUUGUCUUUUUAUUGUGAUUCCUGAGAGUAGUUACAGCAACGCCGUCGUAAAUUUGACAAGUACAGUGAUAUUUUUAUCGUCGUAAUUGAAAUACCGAUAGUAAACUAUUUACCGUUUACAGUUGUCGUAAAUUAAAUUAUCGUGCUUCGUUGUUAAAACGGAGGAUUACAUUUAUCCGAGCUUCGAUGGGAAAAUUUACCGAGUGGUUGGAAUUGUUUCGAGAGGUUGGUUCGGGAGCAACGUUGAGAAUUUUGAGAAAAGAUCCGAAAGGACAUGAUGCGAAAAUGAGAAUCGCAUUAUUGUCCAAGAGCUCAUUUAGUUCAUCAGUGAGGAAAAAGAUCGAGCGUUGAGAUCAAAUAACUCGAUACAAUUAAAAUAGUCGUUAUUACUUGAAUAAGAACCAAUAACCGUUCAAUUACUUGCUAUCUUACGAAGUAAGAUAGAUUAUUAAGGUACAGUCGCGCAAAAAAUAUCAAAUGCAACGUUGCAAAACUGGAGUUUGUUAUUAUUAAUUAUCGUUAAAAUGAAAUACGACCGAUGGCUGAGAAACGUUUACACGUUUGGUUCGUAAUUUAUCGAAGAAAUUUAAUGAACAGAGAGAUUCGAUCAUCCGUUCACAAAGAGGAAAUCUAUGAGAACGACUACGCGUGCUAUAUCAUUGACCAAGAAAUAUCCUUAUUCGUCCGAUCGAGUAAGCAUGAUUCGCUUACGUAGCGUGUAAAAUCGAAGAUCGAAGAACACGAUUCAAACUCAGUGUUCGAACUUUCGAGGAAUAACGCGUGAGAAACAGAGCGAGAAUAAGCCCCUCUGUUCUCUUUUUCUCUAAGUGAUAUUUAUAGGUAACCUACGUUUAUAUAUAUAUAUAUAUAUAUAUACAUAUAUAUAUAUAUGCAUGUAUGUAUGUAUAUACAUGCAUAUGACUCCUCGUUUCUCGAAAAUCCUACGGCGAAUCCUCGGUGUAUCAAAAAUGUCAAAAGCUGUUUUUCCUCGCAAAGACUUCGAGAAUCGAUGAUACGAAAAAACAAGUAUAUAUGUAUAUUUGCAAAACUGAAGGGAAUAUGAGAUAAUUUAAAAUCGGGCCAAACGGCGAACUAAUACCUACGUAUGAAGGCGAGAAUUAUGCGCUUUCGUCGAAGAAAAAUAUUACGAAAUAAACUAUACGCGUUUUACAAGAAAUAAUCUUUAUUUCAUUACACUCCUUUCUCUUAUCGUUUUAAUUUCAGUCAAGAAAAUCUACGAAAAAACAACGCUUCAAUCUUCUCAAGCAGCCAUCCUUGGAUUCUAAAAGGUACAAGGAAAGAUUAUCACUGGUAUAAAUUACAUUAUAUAGUAGUAAAAUGAUGGAAUUAAAAUAUAAAAGAGUAGCCAUUUCAAAUAUAAAAAUUUCUUUUUCUUUAUAUUACAUAUUUCUUAGUAUGUAAAACUUCUUAGAAAGUAUUUGCAAAAGGAUGAGAUAGUUAAAAAAAAAAAAAAAGAUGUAAGUAUAAUAAUUAAUAAAAAAUAAAAGAAAAGAAAAAAAAGAAAACAGAAAGAAAUAUAAGAAAAAAGAAAAGGCAAUAAAACAUUUCGUUACUUUAAUAUUCAGAAGGGUCUCUUCUUCUUGAAUUAUGCAGUUUCAAGUAUAACGACGUGAAGCGAAGCAAUUAAGUCUAACAUACGGGGAACACGAAUAAAAUAGACAAGACACAUACUAUUGUACUUCCAUGCUCACGCGUUUCUCUCUUUCGGAGUGAAAUGUAAAUCACUGGGGCGUACGAAAUCGUCGCAAUUAUGCCCGUGUAACGAGUUCUACGGGAAUGGACCGUGGACCUUGUUAAAAUCGUGACGUUCGCGCGAGCAUAAAAGAGCAUUGAUGUAGAACGUUUGUUUCAUGCUCGAAAUGGAAUUUAAACGCUCGAUAAGCACUCACUCGAUCGAUCAAUCGAAUUGACCGUAGCACGAACCGUGCCUUGCGUACCUUUCAAAGUUUUUCCUUUGUUGUAUAGAUUUUUAACAUUAUAUUGUUCCUCCAAAAUUACAUAUCUGUACACGUUUAAUAUUAUCCGUCCGUAAAAUCGAAAAAUAACAGAUCUGGAUAAAAGUAU